UUAAAAACCUUUUACAGUUGUCCUGUCAACAAAGUGAUCUUAAAAACACCCAUUGUAGCAUAUUUACAACAUAAUUUUGUUGAUCCGAUUUUCCCAGGUUCAUAUAAUUGGAUGUUCAAGGCAAAAAACCACAUCAAAAUUGUAUUUCUAAAAAUCGAUUAAUCGCGGUCGAACUAAUGUUAUUUAAACUGAAUAAAAAUAAAAAAUUAAACAUUGAAGAUGCUCUAGCAUACACUCUAGAUGGUGAAAGUGAUUUUGAGGAUCUGAGUGAGUCAGACUCUGAUUUUGAACCUGAUCUUUCGACUGCAGUUGUAAGCAGUAAUAAAAUUGUGCAUGAUAACAACAAUGCCAAUAUACCUUUACCCAUUUCGGAGUCUCUUACCCAAGAAAGCAGUACAGACGAUGAUAUGCUUUGUUUCAACACCUCACCUCCACCCAAAAAAAUUAAAAAUAAUAAAAAUAAAAAGAGUUUAAGAGUUUUGCCACUUUGGAAAAAAGUUCCACUUGAUAAUGACUUGAUUGGUGAUAUUACUUUUCAAGAAGUACCUAUUGAACCUAUUCCAGAUGAAACUACCACUCCAUACGAAUAUUUUAAAAUGUUUGUUGAUGACAAUCUUAUCGACAUUCUUGCUGAACAAUCUAGUUUAUAUAGUUGCCAGUCAUCAGGUACAAGCAUUUGUGUCACAUCCAAUGAAAUAGAAUCAUUUAUUGGUGUUUAUUUUCGUAUGGGUCUUGUGAAACUACCAUCAGUGAGAUCUUAUUGGGAAACCUUUAUGAAUUAUGAUGGAGUAAGCUCAGUAUUAUCAAGGAAUAGAUUUCUUUCUAUUCUUCGCUAUUUACACUUUGUUGACAAUUUAAAAGUAACAGAUUAAGUAAAGAAAAAUGAUCGGGCCUGGAAAUUAAGACCUUGGUUGGAAAAACUGAGAGAAAAUUUCUUAAAAGUUUCUCCUGAAGAAAAUCAAUCAGUUGAUGAGAUAAUGGUUGCCUUCAAAGGAAGGUCAUUUUUGAAGCAAUAUGUCCCAAAUAAACCCAAUAAGUGGGGGUUUAAACUUUGGGGUAGAUGUGGUGUCAGCGGGUAUUUGUAUGACUUUGAUUUAUAUCAAGGAAAAGAAAUAAAAAAGAAAGAUGAAUAUUCUCCUCAUGGUAUUGGGGCAUCUGUUGUAAUCAAAAUGACCUCAACUUUGCCAGAAAAUCAUAAUUUUAAAAUAUUUGCUGAUAGUUAUUUUUCUUCUUUGCCUUUGCUAGAUGAACUGAAAAAGCGUCGAAUAUGGUAUGUUGGAACAGCACGCCUUAAACGCCUUAACAAAUGCUCAUUGCCUUCAGAAAAAGAAUUGAAAAAGCAAGGACGUGGAUCAUUUGACUACCGUACUGACACCAUUUCUAAUAACAUAGCUGUUAGUUGGAUAGAUAACAAGGCAGUAACUUUAAUUUCAUCUUUUGCGAGUAUUGAACAAAUCAAUACAGUGAGGCGUUAUGACAGAAAAACCCGCAAAUAUAUUAUGGUAAAGCAACCUUACAUAGUCCAGUUUUAUAAUAAAAAUAUGGGUGGAGUUGACAAACUGGAUAUGAUGUGCUCAUUCUACAAACCAAAUUUGAAAUGCCAUAGAUGGUAUAUAUAUAUAUGGGCACAUACCCUUCUUAUUGCGUUAUCAAAUGCAUGGUUUUUGUAUCGUCGGGACUUAAAAAUUAUUUGCCCCACUAAAAAAUUCAUUCCUCUAAAAAAGUUUUAAGCUGCAGUAGCUUCUAGCCUGAUAGCUGUUGUAAAAAGUAAAGCUGGAAGACCAUCACUUGAUGCAAUACCUCUACCAACCAAAAGACCUGCUGCUGUUCAGAGUAAUCCUACAAAGGAUAUCCGGUUAGACGGAUUUGAUCACUUACCAACUUAUAGUGACAAACGUCAGCGAUGUAAGAAAUGCAAAACCGGUUUUUCCUAUAUCUGUUGCAAGAAGUGCAAUGUUUGGCUAUGCUUAAUUAAAGACAGAAAUUGCUUUCAUGACUACCAUUAAUGGCAUUUAAGAUUUGUUUUUAUAACUUAUAUUUAUAUUAUAAACGAUUGUUUACUGUAAAUGUAUAUUUAUGCUGAAAAUGUUUUUUAUUUGUAUAGAAGAGAGUUAGUCAGUUCAAAACAUAAGUAAAAGUU